UGCGCCGGCCGGUGGUUGCGAGGCCGGGCCGCUUUGUCUAUUGGCUGUUCGUUUUACGGACGAAACGGGCUUGCUAGAAACUCUCCAGCAGGGGGCGGUCUUAUCGCAGGAAUUUUAGUUCCUUCCCAAGUUUAGCCAACGCGUUGUACUUGGCACCUAACUAUGUGCCAGUUAGCCAGAGUGCUAAGGCCCUACUGUCUAGAUACCCAUGAUGCUCCUGUCCCAUAAAGCGUGCUGGGUACCCACUCUGCGUUAGGAACUUACUGUCUGCCAGUGACCUCUGUGCUUAGACCUCAUGCCAGGCUUAUCCUAAGGCCACGAAGGAAAAUGGGGGACAGGACUGUGAAUCAGCGGCGGGGGGUGUAAAUCAGCGGUAGGGGGGGUUGCCUCUUGCCUUUGGAGAGUGAGAGGUAGAGUUGUGCACCUACCCCACAGGUAGCAGGCAGUUAAAUAGUGUUAUUUAAUGAAUGAAUGUGCUUUUGAACAGAUAUGUAGGGAGCGCCCCUAUUAUGUUCCAGAUGUUGAGAAUAAGGCAGUGAAUAUUAUUAAUAAUAACAAUAAUAAAGCUAGCACUUAAUAAUACUACAUGCUGGGGAACUAGAACCAGGGUCACCGUAUUUCUAGACCCUGCUGGGGUGCUGAGGAUGAUGGGGACCCCAAAUUCUCCCAGCCCUCUCUUGGACCCCCCUACCAUCCUAUUUUAAGUGCUUUAUACAGAUGAGUCUCAUUUAUAUUUCACAACAACUUUAUGAGGUGGGUACCAUUAUUUCCCCUAUUUUAUCAGACGAGAAGUUAAGGCUCAGAGAAGUUAAUUAAAAAAGAAAAAAUAGGAACUUCCCUGGUGGCGCAGUGGUUAAGAAUCCGCCUGCCAAUGCAGGGGACAUGGGUAAAAGCCCUGGUCCGGGAAGAUCCCACACGCCACGGAGUAACAAAGCCCGUGCGCCACAACUACUGAGCCUGCACUCUAGAGCCCACGAGCCACAACUACUGAGCCCACGUGCCACAACUACUGAAGCCCAUGCGCCUAGAGCCCGUGCUCCACAACAAGAGAAGCCACCACAAUGAGAAGCCCUCAUACUGCAACGAAGAGUAGCCCCCGCUCACCGCAACUAGAGCAAGCCCGCAUGCAACGAUGAAGACCCAAUGCAGCCAAAAAUAAAUAAAUAAAAUAAAUAAAAUUUUUAAAAUACUUUUUAAAUUAUUGAAAUGAUCUCGGCAUGGCAGGGUUUGAGGCAGCUGCGGGAGCACAUCCGGAGCCUGGAGGAGGAGAAGGGGGCCGUGGCUGAGGCAGUGCGGGCCCUGCUGGUAAACCAGGAUAGCAAUCACGUGCAGCAGGACCCCCAAUAUCAGAGUCUGCGGGCACGUGGCCGGGAGAUCCGGAAGCAGCUCAUGCUCCUGUACCCCAAGGAGGCCCAGCUCGAGGAGCAGUUCUACCUGCGGGCGCUGAGGCUGCCCAACCAGACCCACCCAGACGUGCCCGUCGGGGACGAAAGCCAGGCCCGAGUGCUCCAUGUGGUUGGAGACAAGCCAGCUUUCUCCUUCCAACCCCGGGGCCACCUGGAAAUAGCUGAGAAACUCGACAUCAUCCGUCAGAAGCGUCUGUCCCACGUGUCUGGCCACCGCUCCUAUUACCUGCGCGGGGCUGGGGCCCUCCUGCAGCACGGCCUGGUCAACUUCACGCUCAACAAGCUCAUCCACCGGGGCUUCACCCCCAUGACGGUGCCAGACCUUCUCCGAGGAGCUGUGUUUGAAGGCUGUGGGAUGACACCAAAUGCCAAACCAUCCCAAAUUUACAACAUCGACCCCUCCCGCUUUGCAGACCUCAACCUGGCCGGGACAGCAGAGGUCGGACUUGCAGGCUACUUCAUGGACCACUCCGUGGCCUUCAGGGACCUGCCAAUCAGGAUGGUUUGUUCCAGCACCUGCUACCGGGCGGAAACAGACACGGGGAAGGAGCCGUGGGGGCUGUAUCGAGUGCACCACUUCACCAAGGUGGAGAUGUUUGGGGUGACAGGCCCUGGGCUGGAGCAGAGCUCGCAGCUGCUGGAGGAGUUCCUGUCCCUUCAGAUGGAGAUCUUGACAGAGCUGGGCUUGCACUUCCGGGUCCUGGACAUGCCCACGCAGGAGCUGGGCCUGCCCGCCUACCGCAAGUUUGACAUCGAGGCCUGGAUGCCGGGCCGAGGCCUCUUUGGCGAGGUCACCAGUGCUUCCAACUGCACGGACUUCCAGAGCCGCCGCCUCCACAUCAUGGUCCAGACGGAGGCCGGGGAGCUGCAGUUCGCCCACACGGUGAACGCCACGGCCUGUGCUGUCCCCCGCCUCCUCAUUGCCCUCCUGGAGAGCAAUCAGCAAAAGGACGGCUCGGUGCUCGUGCCCCCUGUCCUCCAGCCCUACCUCAGCACCGAUCGGAUCACGACCCCCACCCACGUGCCUCUCCAGUACAUCGGCCCCAACCAGCCCCAGAAGCCCAGGCUCCCGGGCCAGCCUGCCUCGAGCUGAGGACUCAUCCUUGUUGGCCAGUAGGGUUGUCGCUGUUUCCUGGAGCUUAGGGGGUCGCUGAGCCCCUGGGACCUGUUGUCCUGAGCCAUCCCGACAUUUGCCUUCCUCAUGUCAGCUCCCCGCCUGGGCCCCUGGACUCCAGGGCCUACCACUCCUAUGCCCCUACUUCCUCGGGAUCAGUCAGUGACCCUGUUGUCGUUGGAGCUCCCAGCCUGCGCUGGGAAGCAGUGGUUCCUCCAAGGGGACUUGGAGGUUCUAGGGAUGGGGAAGGAGAAGGAGAGGAGGCCUCCAUCCCUCCUUCCUUCUUCCCACCCUCAGUGCUUAAGAGAAAGUCCCCCAAUAAAUGGUCGGAACAAA